CGAGUUUUCGGCGAAAGCUGCCGGUGAACGGGGAGUCUCUCCGGGGAGCAACAUGCGCUCCGUGGCGGGCCUGCUGGCCAUCGUGGCGGCGGCCACCGUCUACCUCUACCUGCUGUCCACGCACCUUCCCCCGGGACCCAAACCCAGCGGCCCGGGCCCCGAUGGGGAGCCCGGAGAGGCCCAGGAGUUCAGCCUAACGUUCCCAUCGGACUUGGAGUCUCUGCGGGAGCUAGCAGAGACGCUCAAGUUUUACAAGAGAGAGAAUUACGGCUACGUCCUGCUGCUGUUCUGCAGCGCCUACCUGUACAAGCAGUCCUUCGCCAUCCCGGGCUCCUCCUUCCUGAACAUGCUAGCUGGUGCGAUAUUCGGGCCCUGGGUGGGGCUGGUCUUGGCCUGCCUGCUGUCCACCACCGGCUCCACCUUCUGCUUCCUGCUGUCUUCGGCCUUCGGGAAGCGGCACGUGAUCCAGUUUUUUCCCGACAAAGUGGCCCUGCUGCAGAAAAAGGUGGAGGAGAACCGCAGCAGCUUGUUCUUCUUCCUCCUUUUCCUCCGUUUCUUUCCCAUGACCCCAAACUGGUUCCUUAACAUCACCUGUCCCGUUCUAAACAUCCCCAUGUCCGUUUUCUUCCUCUCCGUGUUGAUCGGUCUGAUCCCUUACAACUUCAUCUGCGUGCGCACGGGGGCCAUCCUCUCCCAGAUCUCCUCCCUGGACGACAUCUUCACCUGGGGGACGGUGGCCCAGCUGCUGGCCAUCGCCCUGGUGGCCCUCUUGCCCGGAGCCAUGAUCAAACGCUACGGUCAAACGCACCUCAAGAUGGACGACGCGGACAGCAACGGCACCAGCCAGGACCGGAAGAGACGAUGAUGAUGACGAUGGUGGUGGUGGUGGUAUGGUGAGGAAGGACCUGAUAGGGGCUCCAGGCUAAAGAACUGAGUUGGAAAGGAAAGCCACUGGUCAACCUUUUUGGUGCGAGGUCAGGGGAAAGGCUCCUGGUUCUCCGGGGGAUGAUCCGUUCUGGACUUUCCCUCUGAUCACGUUACAGAAGGUUUUUUAGGCGGAGUUUCUUUCAAAUGUCACACUGCACACAUUUAGCAGGCUGAGAUGGACUGAGAUGUCCCCUUAAGCGUCCACUGAGGAGAGACCUGCCGGCCACAGCCGAUCGUUUGAUCUUAUGGUCAGUUUAUCCGCAGGAAACUGAACAAACUGAGGUCUCUCUCAUGUAUUCAUGUAAAGAAAUCUUUUUUUGGGGUUGUUUUUUUACUGUCUGACAGAAAAGCUAACCUAAAACUUAAAAAACAUAGCUGUUACUUGUUGAGUUUCGAUAUCAUUUAGAAGUAAUGCUACGGUAUUUUCUGUUUUUGAAUGUUCUCAAUUCUUCACAGAAACUGUAGUUGACUGACUGCCACUGUGAUUUAAAUGUGUGUUCAGGGUGCUGCUGCUAAUGCUGUGCUAAGCAAUUAGAUUUGAUCUUAAUAAGUCGUGAGGUGCCUUCCAAACACUGUUACUUUUACAUGCAAGUCUUAAUUUGAGUGAAUUUCUUUGUACUUAUCAAAGCCACACAGUGGAAAUAAGGCCUGGCUUUAAAUACUUAAAAAGCAGAAUAUGCACAUUUGUAUUCUUUUCUCUAGAUUUAUGUUUUCAUGGACAGAACUCACACUUUUUCCUUUUUCCACUCUUAUUUUUGGCCAUUAGUGAACAUCAUAACUUAGAUUUAUAAUCCACUUUGUCUGGUAUCCUCAGCUAUGGAAUAACUUAAUCAGAUUUAGAUGU